UUUGAUUUCUACAUCUAAUAUUCAGUCUUCGUUUUGGUAAAAAUAAUUUGAGUAGAGUUUGAAGUAUUAGUCUAACUAAAAGCUGAUUUCUGUUUAUGGGUAGCCAUUUCUUCAUUUGUCUCAGCUGUUUUGGACGUCUUCCGGACUGCAGUAAACGCUGUUGAUUGUUGAAGUUCCCGGUCCUUGCUGAACUAAAAUGGGAACCGCGGCUGGCAGCGGCAGCCUGGAACGCCGGGUUCUUCCCAUAUCGCAACCCCUUCUGGAUCUGUUCUAUGAUUUAGCGCAACUGGAUCAGGAGAAGCAACUGGAAGCCACGAGUAAGCUGAUCACGGCGCUGCAUGAGACGACAUCGAAGAGCGACAUUGCUCUGGAAAGCAAUGCCGAGGAUGCAAUUUCCGAAUCGUUGAAAUAUACGCUUCAGCGCCUGGUUAAAGGCUUGGCGUCGAAUCGUGGCGGUGUGCGAUACGGAUUUGCCGCAACAUUAGCAGUGUUUCUGCAAGAAUUCCCACAAAUUCGCAACGAAAUGGUCUUGGUUUGCGUGGAUGAACACCUGAAGGUGGAAGAUAUGAAAACGGACUGUCGCACAGCGGGUGUCGGUCGAUUGUUCGCGUACAAGGCUCUAACCAGUUCGCAGCGCAUCUCGUCCAUGUCGGCCGUCCAUGCUCGGCACAUUGUGGACGAUCUUUGCGCACUGGAGUCCAGGAAGUCCUAUUUGAAAGCAGGCGCCAGCGACAUUCUCGUGGAAAUAAUAGAAAAAAUCUCCAGCGAGACGUUUAAUGGUAGUCUGCUUCCUCUGCUCAAAGAGCAUUUGGCUAAAUCUUUCGAAAACAUGGUGCUGGACGAUCUUUUUCUGAUUCUUCGUGCCUUCCAGUACCACCGAAAAGCAAUGGAGCCGUUGCUGAAACAGACGCUGGGCGCAUCCGAUCUUCUUUCCGCAACCAAUAUCGAUGCAAUAUGCACUUUGCUAUAUAAAACGGACACCCACAACCUUCACCCGUGUGUUCUGGCUGUGGUAACAGCCUACCAAAGCGUCCCGGACCGUUUUCCCGCCUUCUGGACGCGUUUCGUUCAGAUAGCGGCGGGUGAAGCACCCUUCCGCGCCAAAUUGCCUUUUGACGUGAUCUGCAAACUGCUGCCGUUCACCACCGACGCUAAAGCACUGCAGCUCUUGCUGACGCAGCCGUUCCUUGUGCUGCUGCUACGAUAUGCGGAGGAACCUCGCGCUGCUGAAUCUGAAAGUUUUAAGGUUCUGCACGCCAGUGCCAAUCAAGCCAAGAUCCAGGUUUUGAAGUCACUUAAGACGUUAAACGAUGAAAGGUUAACUCAGGAGAUCGUAGAUGAACUGAUAUUGCCAGAUAUGUUAAAGCAGCAGUUCCGGCAGUGGGCCGAAUUUGUUCGGAUUAUUUUACUGCAGUUGGAGCCGGAGAAAUGUUUGGAUCCCGCGUUGAAGUUAAUGGAUUAUCUCAACUGCCGCCGCUCUGAUCCUUAUCAGUUGCCUGUUUUGCGGAUGCUGGGACAUAUUUUAAACAGAAUCAGGACUGUGGAAAGCGUAGCUUUUUUUGAGAAGUUAAUUGAAUUUUUCGCCAAAAAUGCAUAUUCGAAAGCGGAAAAUGAAGAAAAGAAAAAAGCAUCCGCCUCCUUAGCGAAAGAGUUGGCUACCUUUCUCUCAUGGAUCCCCAACGAAAACCGUUACCGAGGGCGGGCGCGUAAUGAAGAUACGUCCAUUGAUACGGCGAUUCGCAUUAAAGUCGCCGUUCUGGAGAUCAUCGCUCAGGGCAGUGACUAUGUGACAUCCGAUGGUGAAGAAACGGAUCAACAGCUGAAACAUAAAGCUCUUCACUUGGCGAAGAAAAUGGGCAAACUGCCGGUUAAUGACACGUUCAAAUCGGUUCUGAAAUUGAUCGCCUUGUUUGCCGGUGGGCAUUGGUUAAUCUACCGUCCGGUUCUCGCGCGGGAGGUGGUGGAGGAGUUGAGUAAGAUGGAGAAAUCUUUACGGAAGGAGUUGACUGAUGAUGAAGUAAUGUUGAUCAUUAUGCGCUUUGUGGUGAGCAUGCUGGCUGUGGAGCGGACGGUGUUUGAUACAUUUGAGCUUGUUUUCCAUGCUUUGUGCCCCUUCAUCAACGGUGAGGCGAUUGCGCUGCUGUUGGAAAUGGCAAAUCCGCCGGUUGAAGAGGAAGAUGACGAUAUGGAAGAGGGGAGCGUGGAAUUUGUUUCCACGGAUGAUGAAGAGGAAGAAUUUUCUGAUAUCGGUGAAGAAGACGGUGGUGAUGAGGAAAAUACGCUGACUGUCGAUCGUGCUGCACUGCAACAGAUUCCUGGCAUGGUACAGGAUGACGCCGAAGAGUCCGAACCGGAUUUGGAUGAUGAAGCCAUGUUCCAGAUGGAUGCCGUAUUGGCCAACAUUCUUCGCGCACGCCGCUCAGAAAAAUCGCAAGAAGACACCGAUCCCCGCAUUCGUGCCUUGCGGCUGUUAACCAUUUACGCCACAUUCGCCAGUGCUGAUCCGACCAUCCUGCUGUCACUUAUCCAACCGAUGAUGGCAUUAGCGGUAGAAAAACCACCGUCAGCGAAGUCAUCGCAACGCGAGCAACACAGCCUUCUUAUCCACUCUGUGGGAAAGAUUCUAACGGGAAUCAACCAUCACAAACUGAAAGAUGUGGAGAAUGUCAGAAGGAAGAGGAAAGAUUUGAGCAAAUUGUUGGAGGAAUGCGUGGAGAGUGCGGGGAAGGUGCACAACCCAACGUUGCAUAAAGCCUUCGUUGAGGGAGUACUUUUCGUUCAGAGGCUUCUUGUUGUGGUUUUGAAAGACGUGGAGUAUGAAGAAAGAGCGAAAAUUGUGAGGAAAGUAUUUGCACCACUGGUGGUAAAGUUUGCAGAGACGCGGAGUGGAGAAUUCUCGUUCAUGUUGAUUCGACGCAUGAUGCAGGGAUUGGGACAGGAGGCUGGAAUUCUUAUUCCGGGUAUCUUAGACAUUAUCACGGAUUUCGAGGGAGCAUUCGCUGUUAUGCGACAGAGUCAGCUGGUGAGAGUUGUCCAGGAUACUAUGAAGCACACGACUCCCCGGGUCGAUGAAGUCAACAACUGGUUGGGUCCGUUAGGGACGUCGGUGUUGCGCUUACUGAAGGAAGGCAACACGAAGAAGCGGAAGCUGAUGACGGAUUUGCUGGAUUUUGUCCGGUUUGUGCUGCAGUGGCGACGGAAAGUGGUUAAACGCGGCGUGAAAGUGGACGAGAUUGCGACGGUGUGGGAUGUGGUGGGCAUGCGAAAAGCCUGCCAGGAAAUGGUGGGACGCGAGGAGAUGAAGGCGAAGGAGAUGAGUAAUUUGAGGAAAAGGGUGGAGUUGGUGGAGAAGGCGCUCAAACAGGAGACAGGUGCUGGAAAUGAUAAGGAUGAGCCCGAGAACGAUGAGGAAGAGGAGGAUGGAGAAGGCGAGGAAGAAGAAGGAAGCGCGAACGAAAUGGAGGAAUAAUGGUGUAUUUUUGGUAUAGAAUUAUUUUUAUGGUGAAAAGUUCGACGUAGCAGUUCUGAUAAUUGUUGGUUGUAGUUUCUCGCUGUGUAACGUGGUGUUUGAGUUUAUUUUAUCUGUAGAGUUAGGUCCAUUGUUGCUCAUUAUUUAUGCCUGUUGAGCAGAUUUUGUUAAUUAAAAUUCA